AUGUCGCGCCUCUUCUCCGCAUCGAGGUCAUCGCGGCCCUCCCCUCUGCCCACCACGAACCCAGCAGCAUCCGGACAGCACAGUACCGAUACGGCAGACCGAACAAACCUGAAGUUGACCUUCAAGAGCGCCCUCCCGCCUAUGCAGCCGAACGCCGUCGUCCCGCCUCCUCCGAUAAGCUCGACAGCAGCCAAAUCCAACCCCGCAUUCCAGAAUCUCACCCCUUAUGCCCAUGUUGCGGCAUCUACAUCUACUCCCCAUCCUCAUGUCACCGUCAGCCAGGUCAAGACAGCUCACGUACCUUCGCUGAUGCGAAUAACUGGCCUGCUUCUCCCAGUUCGAUACCAAAACUCCUUCUACACCGCCACUAUAACGGACCCUUUCGUCGCAUCCGUCUCGCGCGUCGCCUUAUACCACCAACAUCCGCUCACAAACGUCUAUGGGACGGCGUAUUCAGCAGCUAAGAGCUUGCCUUCUUCACCUCCUCCUUCGCUGCCCGGAACAGAUAAAGUCAUCGGUGGGAUACGCUGCCGUUUGGAGCCCGCUACCCUCCCUCACCCUUCCUCUACCACCAAGGCAACAGCAUUAAGGCCAGUCGUCAACUUGUACAUUCAAACUUUGCAUUUACUCUCUCCCUACCGGGGAAGCGGUGUUGCGGCAUCGCUGUUGAACUCUCUCAUCUACUCUGAUGACCCCGACUCUUCGAAGAACACGCCACGCCGUGUUUCUAACAUGGUCAAACAUUACAAUAUUCGUACGGUAACCGCCCAUGUUCAUGAAACAAACGAAGAAGCUUUGGCCUGGUAUGUUGCUCGUGGCUUCGUCGUCGAAGACGGUGUUCUUGAGGGUUACUACCGUCGCUUGACCCCGGGAGGCGCAAGAGUAGUGAGACUCGACUUGAGCUGGGAAGACGAAGAUGAUAGUGUUGCAGAAGACGACGUCAACGCCGGAAACGACGAUGAAGAUUGGGAGAAGGUGGAGGUGCAUGAUUUAAACACCGGCGAGAAACUAGAUGAUUAUCAGCAGAUCAGCCGCAGCUCCGUCGACGAGCUGGAGGCCGGACGAGAGAGUGUCAAGAGAGUGCGAAGAGAGUAA